UUGAUGGAAAGUCGUGUAUGCUACAAUAUUAAAGUAAUAUUGUAAAUUCUGGAUCUGCUUGAAUUGAAAGCAGAUCAGAGGGGUUCAAGCAUCAGUUGCAUUACUUGAUCGACGACUAAAGAAAUGGCUGGAUUGUUCGACAAACAAGCAGAGGUAUACUUGAACGCAAGGCCAAGUUAUCCAGCCGGAUGGUAUUCCAUGCUCGCGGAUCAGACCCUCUGUCACUCUUUUGCUUGGGAUGUCGGCACUGGCAACGGCCAAGCUGCUAUUGCUGCUGCUGAACACUAUGGAAAAGUCAUUGGAACCGAUGUGAGUGAAGCUCAGCUGAGAUAUGCUACGCCACACCCUCGAGUGCAAUACAUACAAACCCCUUUAUCCCUGUCUGAAGAUGAGAUAGUCUCCUUAAUCGGUGGCGAAGAUUCAGUAGAUUUAGUCACUGUAGCUCAAGCAGUACACUGGUUUGAUCUCCCCAAAUUCUACUCAAUUGUGACUCGUGUACUUAGGAAACCAGGAGGCUUAUUCGCAGUCUGGGGAUACAAGGACAUUUUUGUGAGUCCUACAUUUGAUCCUGUAAUGAAGCGAUUUCGUGACACAGUACUUCCUUACUGGAACCAAAAUGUGAAAUACAUAUUUGAUGGCUACCAAAGUCUUCCAUUUCCUUUCCAAGAUGUUGGGUUGGGUUGUGAAGGGAAGCCAUUGCAACUUAAAAUCUCGCAAGAAAUCUCAUUUGAGGGGUUUAUUGGAGUGUUGAAAUCUUGGUCAGCAGUUACUACAGCCAAGGAAAAUGGGGUGGAUCUGUUAGCAGAGGAUAUGGUUAGAAAUUUUGAGAGUGCGUGGGGUGGCUCUGAUUUGGUUAGAUCAGUCACCUAUACGGCGUUUAUGCUUGCAGGAAAACCUCUAGAGUGAGGUUUGAUAUUGUAUUUGUACUAUUUCAUGUUGCGGAAGGGAUUGUUAACCGAGAAUUUGAUGGAUUAUUUUUAAUCUAUAAAUUUUAAUAAAUUAUAUAUGGUUAUGAUUU